AUGUAUCCUGAACGGCGAGCACUUCAAAAAAACGCCAAGCCAAGCUGUUACGAGUAUCACGGAGAUAGCUACCCAAGGUUUGACAAUAACAAACUGGAAUCCGCUCGUCAAGUGUUAAACAGUGGCACGGAAGAUCAACGUGAAACGGCGGCCGCACUGGCCCACAAAAUGACGGAGAUCUCCAACAACAGCCCGGACCUAAGUAUAGCGCAAUUGCAGCAACAACUGCUGUGCGCGUUGAGUCAACAUGUACCGUGCAUUCCGCUGGAUCCACGGGCGGCGGUGGUCCAGGAUUGGAACAUCGAACCGAUCGAAAUCCGGGACAAUUCUGAUAGAGUUAUUGGGCACUUUUGGCACCGUGGUUUACAAAACACACUUCGCGAACUCAACCUAUCCAGCGGUGCCACUUUGGAUCUCCACGUGAAAGGCGUGCCAUUGGAGCGUGCCGAAAAGAGUGCUGGACUGCAAGCAUGGACUAUUUAUGCAAGGGAACAUGAAGCACGCAAAUCACCGGGCGAACCUUUCGUCCUAAGUGUCUUUUGUAGUACCUUAAAACCAGAGGCGCACCAACUACUCGGCACGCUUGGCCGGGAAAUAGAAGAUUCUCGUGCAGGAAAUCCGGAGUGUUGUGUUAAGAUCAGAGCACUUCUUUCUGACACUGUGGCACGCGCGAUCGUUAAAGAGACGGUGCAACAAAUUGGCUACUUUGGGUGCACAAAAUGCACCAUCCAGGGUAUCCACAGGGAAGGCAUCAGCAGUGUGUCGUUCCACGACACUACGACAUGUGAACUGCGAACAAAUGCCAAAUUUGUGGAAUUCAAGUACGUUCCCUUUCAUCAUGCACCCAAGGUGCAAGGGACGAUCAGCAUCGCCAGCAUCAUCAUCAUCAGUGUCAUAAACACCAAUAGUGUCAGAUGCUCGUUUUUGCGCCAUAGUCUAGCUGGGAAGAGCAGCAUUGUGUACCACUUUCAGCACGUUCAGGCAAGCGCCGUAAAUCAAUUACCUCGUUGUGAAGUGGACCUUACGCUGCGAGCACAACAGAGCUCCCAAUGUGGUCCCUCUAUUCAUCGCAUCUCGAAACCACAACCAAUCUUAACCGGACGGCAACGCACAGGGUGGCUCCCGGAGCUUAAUGCAGGCGAUUUGCCGUUCGACAGCAAUGAAUUCUCCGGCUGCGACGGGACAAGGGCACGGCACGGCUCUUUUAUCAUCCCGCAAAACCUUGACGAAACGGAAGAGGACAAUAUCCCGCCGGCACCGGAACCAGCGUCGGCCCCGCUCAGUCCGGCAAUCAUCGCCGAGUUGUCUCCCACGAUCGAGCGGGCAGCGCUGGUGAACGAAAUCCUGACGACCCCGGCCGAGGACGUGGCCGAUCCGGUCGACGGCAAGAAGAUCUCGAUCGCGGUCUACCUGGGGCAACCGGAUUCGUUCCCGAAGUACGCGGAGGAGAUGAAUGAAUGUGAUAACUUUUACCACUCGUCGCCGGACGACGAUGAGGACAGUAAGCUGGAGGGCGGUGGUAAAGCCGGUCGGUCCUCGUUCUCCGUCGGCACCGAUCUGGAGGCGAACGAGUUCAUCAUCGCGUACACGUACAUUUCGGGCAAGACGACCUGGCAGAACCUAGACUACAUCGUGCGGAAGACGUUCAAGGACUAUCUGUCGCGCAUCGAUCCGGGCACGAACCUGGGGCUUAACACGGACUCGAUCACCUCGUACCACCUCGGGGAGGCGAAGCGUGGCCCGGAGAUGGGCUUCCCGGAGCUGCUGCCCUGUGGCUACAUCAUCGGCAACGUGAAGACCCUCUACAUCUGUCUGCAAGGCGUCGGUAGCCUGGCGUUCGAUAGUCUGAUUCUGCGAAACAUCGUCCAUCGGUACAUGGUACUGUGUGGCCCGAGUGGCACCGGAAAGUCGUAUUUGGCUCGCAAACUGGCCGAAUUCCUGGUGGCCCGUGCCGGGUGCGAUAAUCCGAUCGAAGCGAUCGCCACUUUCAACGUUGAUCACAAGUCUUCGAAGGAGUUGCAACAAUACCUUGGCCACAUAGCGGAGCAAGCGUCGAUGGCGAACGCUGCCGCCGAAGAUCUGCCGGCGGUGAUCAUUCUGGACAAUCUGCACCACGCAUCGGCCCUUGGCGAUGUGUUUUCUUGCCUCCUGAGUGCAACGGCCUCCAAGCUGCCCUGCAUCAUCGGCACUAUGUCGCAGGCAACGUGCAACACCACCAACCUGCAGCUUCAUCACAACUUCCGAUGGGUUCUGACGGCGAAUCAUAUGGAACCGGUGAAGGGUUUCUUGGGGCGUUUUCUACGCCGCAAGCUAUUCACGGUGGAACUGCACAAUCAGCAACAGCAACCGCAGCUCGAGAAGGUGCUCAAGUGGCUGCCGACCGUCUGGCAGCACAUCAAUAGCUUCCUCGAGACUCACAGCGCGAGCGACGUCACGAUCGGGCCCCGGUUGUUCCUGUCCUGUCCGAUGAACCUGCCCGAUUCACAAGUGUGGUUCACGGACGUUUGGAACUUUUCCGCCCUUUCU